CACAUUCUCCUGUCAGCUGCGCAGCACGCAGUCUCACCCGGCACCGCAGUCACCCCCUUUUCAUUCACACAUUUAUUUAAUAAGGAGCCCUCUCAUCCCGCCAUGUCGGCCGCCAGCACCGAGACCAGUGCGCCUCUGGCCACCGCCGCCAGCCGCGUCUUCUUCCAGGCUGCGCCCGGAGUGGGCUGCGUGGGGUCCGGCCCCAUCACCGGGGACGACCCGGUCCAGAAGAGGCAGGGCAAGGUGACGGUCAAGUACGACAGGAAAGAGCUGCGGAAAAGACUGGUCCUGGAGGAGUGGAUCAUCGAGCAGCUCAGCGACCUGUACGACUGCGAGGAGGAGGAGAUGCCAGAGGUCGAGAUCGACAUUGAUGACUUGUUGGAGGUCAACAGUGAUGACGAGAGAGCGAGCAAACUGCAGGUAUCAUUAAUAGACUGCUACAAACCAACAGAGGACUUUGUGCGUGAGUUGCUUGGCAGGAUAAGGGGAAUGAGGAAACUCAGUGCUCCAACCAAGAAGAGCCUAUAAUGGCUUCGGUGUCAACCAUCAACCAGCCAUAAACUCCGCCAUCUCCGCUCCGCCUGCUUCGCUCGCUCACAUGGACUGUCAUCAUCCGGAAUAAUUGAAACAUUAGUCUGCAACAUGUUCCAUGAAAACAAAAACAUCCAUAAACUAGCACUAGUCAUUCAUCUUGCAGUCACGCAGAAUAACAAGGUGUAUAAUAAUUUUUGACUGUUAAAAAUGGUGAUUAAGCAAAACAGACGAUAUGUUUAAAUAGCCACAGGAGAAAUGUUAAGGCCUGGAAUGUGCGAGAACCUUUAUACCACUUAAGUCUAGAUUUCAUCGUUUUUAAAGCCAAUUCUGCAACAAAAACAGCCAUACAGAAUAAAACACCAAUAGAUCUCAACAGAUAUGGUGAAAAAAAAAGAGUAGGUGUCAAAUUAGCAGGAGCACGUUAUCAACAUAGUGCUUCUUUAUUGUUUUCUUUUUUUCUUUGGUGUGAAGCUGUUACAAAUGUCUUUUUUAAAUGUACUGUAUGCUGACAUUUAUUGUUCAUUAAUUAAAUGUGUUUUUUUCAGCACUUUGUUUACGCCACCAUCCUUAUCCCAACUGCACCAACGCUUACAAGAUGUGAGGGAUUUGUGAGGGACUCGGUUUUUCAUUUUGAGCUCAUUUAAAAGCACACCGCAUCAUUAUAUCUAGUCUUGGGACAUUUUUGCAAAUCAGCCUUCACCGUUGUCAAUAUUUUCACUUAUUAUCCAACCUUCUAGUGUAUUUUCCACUACAGCAAGGCAUGAUGGGUAUUGUAGUUCUCUGAGUAAGACUACAAAGACCUGUAUGAUUUGCAGCCUUUCAUGGAUUAUGUCAGGACUUUUACCUCCCUUCUUCAUCCUUCAUCCUUCAUCAGACGAGAUAAGAGUUUCUUCAUGUAGGUACAAGCACAAAAAUCCACCUGAUUUUGUUUCAGUUCACUUAACUGGUCCAUGUAAUAGUGGUUGAUGUUGCCUUUGAGGACAUUCAGGAUUCAGGAGAUUUACCCCCCUUCAGCAGUGAGCCUUAACUGUUGACAGCCUAGAGGCAAACAUGGCGGAGUCAGAACCCGAGGGCAACCCGAAACACCAACGCCCCGACCUGUUGAGUCCUGUCAUUUAAAGGUGUGCCAAAAAAAUUGGGAGUAUGGCAUCCUAAAUGUCAUAACUAUCAGAGGCAUUAGCGUGAUCCAGCAUUUCAAAAGCAGUUCUUAGGUUUGUGAAACAUCAACGAAUUUGAAGGUGUUUUAAAAAAAACCUUCUGAGGUUGCCGAAUAUAUGUUGUAAUUGCAUAUUAACAGGCGGAAGAAUGGAUUUAGGUAUUCAUAACUGUGAAUAACCUCCUCUGCACCAGGACACUGUAAAACCUGUAAGCUCUGGUACAAUCAUGCAUCUGCUUCAGGGUUGGGCCCCAAUUCAUUUCUGAGAGUAAACCUAAACCCAGCAAUACAGUAUGUUGGAUGUCAUCAGCUACCAAAAGGUGAACGUGUAGGGUAAAAGUUGAAUUUUAAUGUAACACAAAAGAGUUAUUGCAUGCUAACAACUGAGACAAAAAUACUGGUGAAGAGUAUAUUAUAACCUUAUAACCAAGCAAAAAAACAAAAAAAAAACAAACAAAAAAAAAUAUUUUUUUUGACUAGGCUACAAUAUAUGACUUUGUAGAUAAUUUUCUGUCGAGACAACGUGCGCGUCACGUUGAGGAGAAUCCAGGAAAUUUUUUAAAUGGUGCUGUUUUUGAUGUUCUUUCCCGAGUCUGGUUGAAUAAAAGAUGUUUUCACUGGUGACUGAUGCUAGAGAAAUGUGUUUGUAAGAAAUGUGUCUGAAACAGCAUCCUCUGUCUUUUUUUUUUUUUUUUUUCCUUUUCAGCUGGAACUGGUCUGGUUAGACAAGACUUUCCAAGCCAACAAUGUUUAAUUUUCUUAAAAAUAUCAUACAUUUUCCAUCUCUGAACUGGAAAAAAUAAAAAUAAUAAUACUAAUAAAGAAACCGAGAUUGAUCAAGGAUUAAUCUUGAAGUACUGCAUAGUAUUUUUCCUUCUGAGAAACCAAUCAGGGUCAAAAAGCUGAAAUUUUAUAAUUUAUGGACUUUCACGUAGGGUGUAUUUUGAAAGCGUUCAUGCCGGAAAGCUUUACAGUUGCAUGAAUUUUUAAAGUAGCAUGUUAAGGCAAAUAUUUUCUUGGCCUGAAAGUUCUUAUUUCAUACAUUGAAACACUUUCUUUUUUUAUUACUUUAUUACUAUUACUACUGCUGUUAUCAUCUUUAUUAUACUAUUGAGUUUUUCAGCUGAAGAUUUGUUUCUGUACAUCAACCACAAGCGUUCUUGUUUCCAAACUGUAAUGUUGCGUGUUGUUUUUGCUGAUAAUAAAAAUCCAGAGUGAAUACUGUUUAAGUAAA